AUGGGUGGAGAUUGUCAAAAAUGUUACUCCAUUAUCGGAAAGCCAGUUCUUAGUAAUAUUUGGGAUCAUUAUCGUGUUGACAAAUUACAUCUUCAACACUCAAUCCUCAAUCUGAAAAAGAAUUUGCCGUUAAACAUGAUUAUAUCACCUUUAAAAGACGAAGUAAAAGAUGUGGAAAAUGGUAAUGAUCUUCAAGUAAUUUGA